AUGCUUGUGGCCUCUGGUCGGCUGGUUCCCCGCUUUCUGCAACGACAAUGUCCCACUGUCAGCGAUAGCCUUCUGAUAGCAUCUAUCCUGGAUGCCAUCGGGCUCUUCGUUACCGACUAUCUGACAUACACAUGGGGAGGCAUGUCGGACGAUGUACCAGAGCCAUCGGUAGCUCGUGUGAUUGCGCUUAAGAAGGUACAAUUCGCUGGAAAUGCGUUCUACGACACCGGUAUCUACUGGCCAAAGCUGGCCAUCCUCGCGCUGUACUUCAGGCUCAUUCCGCCAACGAUGCCGUGGUUGCGAAAAGCACUCUAUGCGGUAACCUUGUUUACCGGUACUGCCAUGAUAUCGACGUUCUUUCUUGAUACUUUCUGGUGCGGGCGCCAGGUCUCUCAGAAUUGGUCUCCUGAUGAGGGAGCAUGCAACACCUUCAGUUCAAAAGAAGUUUUUCGGAUCGAUUGGAGCCUCAAUGUCACAUCAGAUUUGUUCAUUUUUGCUUUGCCAUUUCCGCUUCUUCGCUCACUGCAGCUUCGCCGUCGCCAGAUCUGGGGUCUUGUUGCAACGUUCUCACUCGGUGCCGUUACCAUAGCUAUGAGUAUGGUCCGCUUUGCAACGAUAGAGGUCAUAUAUGCUUGGACCAACGUCUAUGUCCUUUCCAUGGCUGAAAUGGCUGUCGCGAUCAUGGUGGUUUCGUUACCGUCGAUGAGAUCCUUCCUGCGACGUGGCACCCUAUUUUCCUCCAACAAGAAGUCGCGUUCUUCCGAGUCUCGUACCUAUGGGCACCAAACACCAGCAUCAGGUUCGCACAACUUCUUGCGACCUUCCAGAAGAGGCAAGCACAGCGUUCGUGUACACACCGAUGAAGACUCAGGCAGCGAAGUGGAGCUUAAUACCAUGGCAAGGAAGGAUGUGAUCUACGAGACUCAUCGCGUUAGUGUACAGUUCUCGAAGUCGCAGGAUGAAGAGCACGACAGCUCUGCAAAGUACCCGUGA